AUGUUGGCCCUUACACACCACGAGCAUAAUGCGCCGGAGUUGACCUUGGCAGUUCUUGGCUGCGGAACCAUGGGAAUCGCCAUUCUCUCCGGUAUCCUGUCUUCCCUGCAGGAGAUGUCAGGGCCUCGUCCCCUGCAGACGCCCUCUGGAAGAUCGACCCCCGCCGAUGAGAUCCCUGCCCGACUCCCUUCCCGCUUCAUCGCGUGCGUGCGCCGGCCCGAGUCCGCCAAGAAGGUCAAGCAAGCUCUGUGGGAACACAGCUCUUCGGUCAAGGUGGUACAGAAGGAGAAUGUCGCCGCCGUCAUGAAGAGUGAGGUUAUCAUUCUUGCUUGCAAACCUCAUAUGGUUGAGGACUUGCUUAAUGAGCCCGGCCUAUCGAAGGCGCUCCAUGGCAAACUCCUUAUCAGCAUAUGUGCAGGUGUGACGGUUCCCCAGAUCGAAAAGAUACUACACGGUGCUGUACCGGAGAAGGACCCCGAAGUUGAUGGACGUUGCCGAAUUGUGAGGGCGCUACCCAACACGGCUAGCAUGGUCAGGCAAGGCAUGACUGUAGUUGCAAAUAGCGAGCCGCCCCUACCAGCUCAUACUUCGAGCCUCGUGACAUGGAUCUUUAAGCGCAUUGGCGACGUCAUCUACCUUCCUGCUAAGAAUAUGGAUGCGUCUACAGCACUUGCUGGGUCCGGACCAGCAUUCUUCUCUCUCGUACUUGAGGCUGCUGUUGACGGAGCAGUUUCCCUAGGCGUACCGCGAGCUGAGGCUCAGAGGAUGGCUGCCCAGUCUAUGAAAGGCGCUGCUGCCUUGGUCCUUAAUGGAGACCAUCCAGCACUGCUUCGGGAUAGGAUUAGCACGCCAGGUGGCUGCACUAUCGAGGGUCUCUUAGUGCUCGAGGAAGGACGAGUACGGGGCACUGUUGCCAAGGCCGUGAAACAGGCCGCAGUUGUUGCCAGCCAGCUCGGCAAGGGCACUUAG